AUGACCAAAACCAAAGAUAAUGUACCUACAAAAGAUGACCAUAAGCCGCAAGCUAUGCCUAGUUGCGUGCCCAUUGGAUCAUUCCAUGGUACGUUAUAUCAAAAUCAGGACAGCAGGCAGCAACCUCAGCGAGAGGAAGCCCAUUCACUCGGUUCAUUCGUACACUGUUCUUCAUCGCAAUCGAGUCAAGUCAAGCGCAUCAUCGAAGACCAAAAGACAGCAAGACAGCAAGACAGUGAAACAAGGACCAGGACACCAAUACCAGAACAUCAAUACCCACCACAGCACGAAAGAAGAAGGAGAGGGAAAGUACGUGAAGGGCCGCACGACCGACUACAGCAGCUAGGCCACAGCCGCCCGGACGAAGCAGUUAGAGGGGCAAGGACAACCAGAGCAGAACAGAGUAAGAAAUUCUUCUAAUUCCAACCGACCAGGUGUCUAGUGCAAGUGCAAGUAAAGUGCAAGUAAAGGUUUGAGUGGGGCGAAACGCAUUUAAUCCCUGCCGCGGGAAACGCCACAGCCGGAUCCCCACGCUCAGCCCUUGCAUCGGCUCAGAGUCAGGAAAGGAUCCUAGUGAACCCGAAUGUGAGUACCGUUAAGUCAGCUCCGAACUUCCAGCGCUCAAUUCAAUCAAAUUAAAUUGUUAGUCAAGAUUCAAUUCAAGUCGAAACAAGGUAAACACCGACAGUAAAGUACCUAAGAUGACAGUAAAAUAAGACUUAAAUCAAA